AUGGCAUUCGUGCUUGCAGGUGGUGUUGUUGGAAAAGUUUGUGAGAUGGCCAUCCAACAAGCAGCUAAUCAGGUGAUCAUAGUGCGGAACUUCGGGGAAGACUUUCAAGGGUUGAGGGAUCAAAUGGACCAAAUUAAUUGUUUUCUAAAUGAGGCUGACGAAAAGAGAACCGGACAAAAGGAAUCUGUGAAAAAAUGGCUUCACAGAGUUCGGGAUAUUGCCUGGGAGGCAGAGGACAUACUUGAAGAAUGUGCUGUGGAUUCUAUGUACGCCACUAAUACUCAGUCAUGCACUUUGAGUUGUAAUCAAUUGAUUUAUCGCCAUCAAAUGGGCAGAAGAAUUCAAAAGGUCAAAGCUAAAAUGAGCUCCGUUGUUGAGGAGGGAAGCAAACUGGAGAUAGUUCCUGCUGCUACGCCUCGCAGAGAAGAAGAAGCAGAAUCAAGUACAACCCAGGGAUGGAGUGUCCAGGAUUCGAAACCAGUGGGUAUACAGUCCAAGAUUGAAAGCAUGGUGAAUUUGUUGGAAAACCCCGAAAUUCCAAUCAUUGCAGUGGUUGGAAUGGGGGGGAUCGGCAAAACCUAUCUUCUUCGGCAUGUCUACAAUAGUAGAAAAGAAAGGUAUGAGAAAUCUGCAUGGCUUUCAGUUUCUCACUUUUAUUCUAUUUCCAAGUUGCAGCGUGAUUUGGCCUUUCAAUUAGAUCAAGAUUUAUGUAAGAACAUUAAUGUGAGUGGAGUAAGUGAAGUGGUAGCAGAAGAGACGAUUCGUAGCUUUAUCCAAGGGAAGAGGUGUCUUAUUUCUAGAUGA